GUCAUAGCCUCCAGCCAGAUCCUCACGCAAGGAGAGAGCUAGCGAGACUAGCCUUCGAGAACUCUGUCGACGUGUAUCUAAUGGAAUUCAAAGGUUCCGCAGCCUAUCGAAGAAUUGUGAGGGAUAUAAGGGAGGUUUGUGAUGGAAAAUGGAAAGAGCAAUUGUUUACCGUGGCGAUAGGGGAACAUGUUUUAAAUCUACGAGGUCAUAACAUCCCCUGAGUUUUACUUCGAUCAAAAGGAGAUAGGAAUCCGUUGUAAUAGUCGUGAUGAAUGCUGGAACAUCUCGCUGUCAGAUAAUAUGUUUAGCAAAGUUCAAACUGACAAGGUAGACCCACGAAAAGAUUCUCCCAUGCAAUGCCGCAUAACUCUAACUUGCCUUAGGCCAGAAUUUACGCCACUCUUGUUCGCUGAAAAAAUUGAAAUAUUCGAUGUUAGCAAAGAUAACGUAAUCCAUUCUUUCGACAUUCGUGUGAAUCCUGCAGCAUUGCUACCAACAAAUGCUGCCACCAGUCAGCUAAAUUCGAAACCACCAACACUUCCCCUUCUUUUAUGUCUACCCCUGUCAUCUGACAAGAAAGUAGAUCUCACGGAAAUAAUUGGAGCUAAAUAUUUUAAGUUUGGUGUUCAAUUGCUCAAGGAUGAGACAGGAGAACUUAUCAUGUCAAUAGAGCAUAAGCAUCUAAAGACACCAGAGAACAUUGUCAGGGAAAUAUUUAUGUUGUGGAUUCAAGGAAAGGGGAGAGAUGUGACCUGGUCAGUGCUUGUUGAUUGCCUUGAGUCCAUUGGCAAUGUCGAACUUGCUGGUAGCAUAAAAGAACUGUACGAUAGUUAAUACACGCAAAAUCCUUAGUGCAAACAAUUUAUGCAAAAGUGUACUUAAAAUGUGAUAGUAAUCUGGAAGCGAUGCAGAUUUACCGUUACUGUGUUGGCAUCCAAACGUCGUGGUAACAACAAAUAUUAUGUCAUCUCCCUUCCAGUGUGCAAGCAAGCAAGCAUGCUAAUUGUAUUGAAAUUCUUAAACU